AUGGCUUGGAGCUCCACAACAAUGAAAUGGGUCUUCUUCAUGUUUGUGGCUCUGUUCUUGUUUCAUAUGGCUUUCGCAACAACCGCAGAAGAUGGUUUAGUACCAAACGGAGAUUUUGAGGCAAGUCCAUCCAACGGCUUUCCUAACGAAGCAAUAGUAGAGGGACCCAGCGAAGUCCCGAGCUGGAAAUCAAACGGCACAGUUGAGCUAGUCGAAUCAGGUCAAAAACAAGGUGGAAUGAUCCUCAUUGUACCACAAGGUAGACACGCGGUCAGAAUAGGUAAUGACGCCGAAAUAAGCCAAGAAUUACCUGUGGAAAAAGGCUCUAUUUACUCGGUAACGUUCUGUGCGGCUCGCACGUGUGCGCAGUUUGAAUCUAUUAAUGUGUCAGUGUCGUCCGCAUCACAGACGAUAGACUUGCAGACACUUUAUAAUGUUCAAGGUUGGAACCCUUAUGCUGUUUCUUUUAAUGCGGAUGAAGAUAGUUUUAAGUUGGUGUUUAAGAAUCCCGGUAUGGAGGAUGAUCCUACUUGUGGGCCUAUUAUUGAUAACAUUGCUAUCAAGAAGCUUUUCACUCCUGAUAAGCCCAAAGACAAUGCGGUAAUCAAUGGUGAUUUUGAAGAAGGUCCAUGGAUGUUUCGAAACACGUCAAUGGGGGUCUUACUUCCGACCAACCUAGAUGAAGAGACUUCAUCGCUCCCUGGUUGGAUAGUUGAAUCGAACCGAGCCGUUCGUUAUAUUGAUUCUGAUCAUUAUGCAGUUCCGCAAGGGAGGAGAGCGAUUGAGCUUCUCUCGGGAAAAGAAGGUAUCAUAUCUCAAAUGGUUGAAACCAAACCUGAAAAGGCCUAUACCUUAACUUUUUCAUUAGGUCAUGCUGAUGACAAAUGCAAAGAGCCUCUUGCUGUUAUGGCCUUUGCUGGCGACCAAACUCAGAACAUUCAUUACACACCGAAUUCUAAUUCUACGUUUCAAGUUUCUAAUCUGAAUUUCACUGCCAAAGCUGACAUGACUAGAAUUGCUUUCUAUAGUGUUUACUACAAUACUAGAAGUGAUGAUAUGAGCUCUCUUUGUGGGCCUGUUGUGGAUGAUGUGAGGGUUUGGUUUUCUGGGUCUAACGGGCUUCGUGGGCUGGGUUUUGUGAGACUUGGGCUUGGGAUUUUGGGUUUAGUUUUGGUUCUUGUUUAA